AGUAAUUAGUAGGCUUUCUUUUGUGUUUGUCCGGGUCCAGGAUGUCCUCAGUUCACCCCUUUCGUUCCUCAUAAACAAUCCAGGAUCUGAAACUGUGGAUCGAUACAGAAGUGCUUGAGGGGCGAAGGCAAAGUCUGAUUCCACCUUACUUGUUGGAGAGCUAGAGGAAGGACAUCAAUAUUUGAAACCAGCAGUGCCCCACUCAGAACCCUUCAACGUUGUCCAGUCCCCACAGCAAUGGAUAAGGAUCCUUUCCUCCAGCUUCGAGUCUUUGACCUCAAUUGCUGGGCACUUCGCUACUUGAGCAAAUUACGGCAAGAGCGCAUUGCACUGAUCGGCGAUGUCCUCAACCAGGAAGGAUUUGACCUAGCACUCUUGCAGGAGGUGUGGAGUGAAAGAGACUAUUGGGAGCUGAAAAAGAAACUGUCUGCCCGCUACCCUUCUUCCCACUAUUUCAAAAGUGGGGUGAUUGGCAGUGGGCUCUGCAUCUUCUCCAAACACCAAAUCUUGGACACCUUCCUGUACCAGUACUCUGUGAAUGGCUACCCAUACAUGCUCCAGCAUGGGGACUGGUUCUGUGGGAAGGCUGUGGGGCUUGUGGAGCUAAAGAUCCAGGGCAUAGUCUUCAAUGUCUAUGUAACACAUCUUCAUGCUGAGUAUUGUCGGGAGAAAGAUGGUUACCUGCCUCAUCGAGUAGUCCAGGCCUGGGAACUUGGCCAGUUUAUACAACAUACUUCCAAAGGGGCUGACAUUGUGCUGCUUGGUGGGGACCUGAAUAUGCAUCCAGAUGAUGUCGGUGUUAGGCUGCUGCGAGGCUGGGCAGGCCUGCAGGACUCCUUCACGGCUGCAGAGAAGGUUGAGGGCUGUGAAGAUGGCUCUACUCUGGUGCCGGCCAACUGUUUCACAAACCAGAAAGAAAUGCGGUUUUAUCCUCAGGGGAUUCGUAUUGACUACAUUCUUUAUAAGGGUUCAUCUCAGUAUGAAGUAAGAUGCAACAGCCAUGUGACUACCACUGGAACAGUUCCUGGCAAGGGCAUCCCUUACUCGGACCAUGAAGCUGUCCUCGCCACACUGUCUGUGCAGAAAACAGGAUCAGACAAAGCCCUAAAUCAUCCCACUCUUGAUCCUGUUCUGGUAGACAUCUUGAAUGAAGCCCGGAUGGAGGUGAGGGUGGGACUGCUUUCGGCAGAGCGCCAGCGGUACUCCUGUGGACGCAUGGCUGUCCUGGCCCUGCUUCUGUUGCUCAUGCAAGGCGCUAUGGGCCUGAGUUCCAUGUUUGGUAGAACCAUCCAGCCCUUCCCCAAGUUCUCCUUCUCUCUGCUUGCCCUGCUGGCAGUGGUGGUGUUGCUCAUCUCAGGCGUAUUUUACCUCUUCCACACCAUUGAGGUGAAGAGCCUACAGGGGACUGAGGAGCAAAUGCGGGUGGGGCUGCAGUCUCUCCAGGAUAAGCUAAGCUCUGGCUGAUGCUCUUCCUGCUGGAGCCUCCAUAGGGACCAAGAGACCCUUGCUGAAAGUGAAAGGCAGCAAGACCCUCUCUGCUGCCCACGGUCUAAAGCUGGGGGGGAGGUGGCGGCAAAAAUUUAGCAUUUGAUGCUGUACGUGUUUUAUAGCUGUAUUUUAGAUAAUAAACUUUGUAUGAAUGGUUCUCUGCUGGAGAAGAACUUACAUGAUGGGGACUAUCAUGUCAUUGCUUGUUACACUCCCCAGAAUGGAAUUUUGAAAUGCAAGCAUGUCUAGACCUAACUCAGUAGUAGCAGUUUAAGAAACCAGUGUUUUAUCAUAAUCCAGCUAUGCAGUGUGAAAUGUAAGACUGAUUCAUGCAAUGGCAUUUGCAGUGCAGAAGGUUGCACGAAGCAGAUCUGCUAGAAUAGACGGUGUUCGUGGGCGGAUUCUAUGGCAUUGAAGCCCCUCCCCAAACCCCACCCUCCUCAGGUUCCACCCCCAAAAUCUCCAGGUAUUUCCCAGCCUGGACCUGGCAAUCCUAUCUGAGCACAGAUUUUUGAAAGCAUUUACUUAAUUGUGUCUCACAGAAGCAACACUUUUGAUGCAUGUAGUAAUGUAUUUUUUCUAUGCCUUUGUCGCGCACUUGUUCAGAAGAGCUCAAAGCUCCUUUCAGGUGGUUCCCAGACCAUACAGGGUCAUCUUUUGCAGAAGAACUGCCUUCAGGCCAUUCUCAUUUAAGGGGAUACAUGAUUUUUCCUUUGCUAGUAAAUGAACUUCGGUAAGAAAAGAGAGAAUCUCCCUUACUGUUCACUCCAUGCAUUUUUUAUUGAACUUGGGGAACAGCCAGUAAAAGAAGAGUGGUUUCCACUAGCCCAGGCACUGCAAUUCUCUGAUUGUUAUGAAAAGAUAUUUUUAAAAAACCAUUAAAAAGUCUAAUUCUCAUUAUGUAACACAGUCACAGUACUUUUAUUAAGACCUUUCUGCUGGAUUUGUCAGUGGGUAGCAAAUGCACAUUUGUUGUGCACAAUUCUCAAAUCUUCUCUUGAGGCUGCACUUCUGUUGCAGGAAUAAUUCAGGACACUUACACGGUUCCAUGCUGUCCUGCAGAAUUACUGCAUCCAUUGCAAUUAUAUUUUGGUGAAGGAAAUAGGCUCAAACCAGGUAUUUGGUUCAUUCUUGCAAUCCAUGGGUGCUAGGAUCAAGGAUCUCUCCUGUGUUUCUUCCUGUAGCUGAUUUCUGGUGUUGUAAGAUCCAGAUUAAUAGGGGUUUCAGGGGGGGGGGGUUGCAUUGAAGAGGGGGGAAAGGAGUGAAUUUCCUACUCCUUCCUCACAUCAGCUGUACUAAUGCAAGAGACAGGGUGGUGGUUUCCCCCCUCCUCAGUAUAGCCCCCUGAUCUGCAUAGUUCCCACCACUUUGUGAAUCAGCUUACCAGGGGCAAGAGGGGAACAUGGGAAUGAUGCACAUCAGCACCUUCCACUAAUGGACCACUGGAUCCAGUGUACUGGCUGUGGCCAUUCUUAACCCCAUGCCCUCUCCUCUGUGUGUGGUUUGUGUUUUUAAUUUGGAGUGAGGAAAUGUGUACAUGGUUCAUUUCCACAUUGCCCUCUUGACCCCUGGAAAGUUGACUUGCAGAAUUGCAGAAGCUAUGUGGGUUAAUAGCCAUGGGGGCAGGGGCCCGUCUUAACUGCAUGACCUAAUGCUGCCCUAGCUAACCCCUCCCAUAGCAGCAGUGCUUGCAUUAUGUUUAAUUUUUUCAAAACUGCAACUUAAAAAAUUAAGUUGUAAUUUUAAAACUAUAAAUGGUAACCUCCCAUCCCCCCACCCUGCUGGAAUACAUGGGAGCAGGCAGCAGCCCUUCCACGAGGUGAGGUUUCCCCCCUCCAAAUAGGGGCAGGAGGACGAUCCCUCUUCUCAUUUGGCAGAGGCUUGAACAAAGACAAGGCGGUACAAUUGGGAGGUGUACAGAGCUCUUGCAGCAAAAGGUCCUUGUUACCUUUACCAAUGGCAUAUACUAUUACUGGGUAGGUUGCAUCCUCCAAAUGCUUCAUUACACAGCCUUAAAAAUGAAACAAUAUUAAAUUCUCCUUGUUAGCAAAAAAUACCUGAAAUGUAUUACAGCAGUAACCAGUGUUCCCUCUAAGCUGAGUUAGU